CUCCCGUGGCGGGAGGGGGGCGCGGCGGGGAUGCCGGCCGUGUGGUGAGCGGCGCGGAGCCAUGUCCGGCGCGCGCUGCCGGACCCUGUACCCCUUCUCCGGGGAGCGGCACGGCCAGGGGCUGCGUUUCGCCGAGGGCGAGCUGCUCACGCUGCUGCAGGUCCCGGACGGCGGCUGGUGGGAGGGCGAGAAGGACGACGGCGGCCGCGGCUGGUUUCCCGCGAGCUACGUGCAGCUGCUGGAGGACUCAACCAGUUAAGAAAGAGAAAGAAAAGAGAAGAAAAACAGAAUGGACAGAGGCAAGAAGGAGUGGGAGAGAGAAAGGAAAGGAAAAUUUAAAAGCUGCAAUAAGAGUGCAUUGGAUUUGGGGGACCAGAGAGCUAGUACAGUGGAAGCCUGGGAUGGUUCCCCCUCCGCCUGGAGAGGAAAGCCAGGUUAUUCUUCCACCUGGCUGGCAAAGCUACUUGUCUCCUCAGGGUCGGCGUUAUUAUGUCAACACAACCACCAAUGAGACCACCUGGGAGCGUCCCAGCGGUUCUUCUGGGAUUCCAGCCAGCCCUGGUCCUCACAGGAGCUCUCUGCCUCCAACAGUGAAUGGAUACCAUGCAUCAGGGAACCCAGCACACCCUCCAGAGACUGCCCACAUGAGUGUCCGAAAAUCCACCGUUGAUUCUCAGAACCUGGGAACGUCAUCACCAAGCAAAAGGCAGAGCAAGGAAAGCACCAUCACGAUAAACUGUGUGACAUUCCCUCACCCAGACACAAUGCCAGAGCAGCAGCUGCUAAAACCCACAGAGUGGAGCUACUGUGACUAUUUCUGGGCUGAUAAGAAGGACCCCCAAGGUAAUGGCACUGUUGCUGGGUUUGAACUGCUGCUUCAGAAGCAACUCAAAGGCAAACAGAUGCAGAAGGAAAUGUCAGAAUUCAUUCGAGAAAGGAUAAAGAUUGAAGAAGAAUAUGCAAAGAACUUAGCCAAGCUCUCUCAGAACUCCUUGGCUGCACAGGAGGAAGGCUCCUUGGGAGAAGCAUGGGCACAAGUGAAGAAGAGCCUUGCAGAUGAAGCCGAAGUUCACCUCAAGUUCUCUGCCAAGCUCCACAGUGAAGUAGAAAAACCCCUAAUGAACUUCCGUGAGAACUUCAAGAAAGACAUGAAAAAGUGUGACCACCACAUUGCUGACCUUCGCAAGCAGCUUGCUAGUCGUUAUGCAUCAGUGGAGAAGGCCCGAAAAGCCCUCACGGAGCGUCAGAAAGACCUAGAGAUGAAAACCCAGCAGCUGGAAAUCAAAUUGAGCAACAAGACAGAAGAGGAUAUUAAAAAGGCACGAAGGAAGUCCACACAGGCAGGAGAUGACCUCAUGCGCUGUGUGGACCUCUACAAUCAGUCCCAGUCCAAGUGGUUUGAGGAGAUGGUAACGACUACAUUGGAACUGGAACGACUGGAGGUGGAGCGGGUAGAGAUGAUUCGGCAACACCUCUGCCAGUAUACACAACUACGGCACGAGACAGACAUGUUCAACCAAAGUACAGUUGAGCCUGUUGAUCAACUGCUUCGAAAAGUGGACCCCGCCAAAGACAGGGAGCUGUGGGUCAGAGAGCACAAGACAGGCAACAUCCGUCCCGUGGACAUGGAGAUCUAAACAUCAUAUGUGGUCCCAGGGAUACUGGGCUUGGCAGUCCCUACAGAGAGGCAAUGGCUUCCACUUGGGACCUGCCGU